AUGACUCGCAAGGCCAAGGCUACCAUUGUUGUCCUCUCGACUCUAAUCCUAUACUUAUGCAUCAACAGCCUCUCACGCAUUCUCAAACCAACCGCCUUUCUCUGGUAUGAGGAAGACAAAGAAGAGCGGAGCUGGAUCGCGAGCUCGCGGUUCUGGCUCGACCGCAAGAGCUGCCGCUGGCUUGGUGUCUGCGGCGCAGCGCAUUUCCAAACGGCUGACGCACAGUUUGGACACCACAGCUCGUCAAGCCUUUCAGGGUCAAACGAUACCGAGUCGGAGCCGUGGCGGUCGUUCUGGUUCAGUGGGGUUAGUAAUCGGUCCAAGUGGGAUGCCGAGGAGUGGGCUAGGCGGGAGAUCCCCGGCUAUGUUUUUGACUAUGCCCCACUCGUUCAUCUUUAUUCUGGAGAGCAGUUUUGGCCCGGCGACAUCGCAGAGCAUCUCAACCAUACCAAUCCUAUGCUCAAUUACACUCCGGUCCAGACCCAAUGGGAUCAUCCGACACUGAAGAACCUUGAUGACCUUAACCAAUGGGAAGGGGGGCGCCAUGUAUUCUUGACUACUGUCGACGACGUUCAGUCCCAGCCCCCUUGGCUGGAGGAUGAGAAGAAUAUCCCGGAAUCCGACGAGGAGACGAAAGAAUCAUGGGCCGAUUGGGACGGUCGAUUGGAUGGAAAGAUCCCGGGUGAUACCGAACUGGAUUGUGCCAAGUGGUUUGGUCUGAGAAACCAGAAAGGCGAGGAUAAAAAUAAGGAUUCAUCUCAAUCACACCGACUGCUGAAACAAGAGCUGCGCAAAGGCUACGGCGGUAAGGAGAUUCAAGACCCUCUCCAAGAUACGCCCACCAACCAAGCGGGGGCUCGCAGCGACGCACCUGCGAUCUUGCUCCUGAUGGAUAAGGGCAACGCCGUCAUCAAUAUGCGGUUUGGCAACCAUAUCGGGAAUUGGGAGCAUUGCCUCGUGCGAUUCUAUGACGGUCAGCCAAAGGCCCUCUUCUUCAGUGCCCACACAGCUGGUGAAGCUUAUCGAUAUGAAGCCAUCGAAAAGAUCGGACAACGGCCGGUAAUCUACUCUGCCAAGGGAAGUCAUGCAAUGUAUGCCACUGCCGGAGUGCAUGAGUACAUCCUGCCAUGGGGACUUCUGCAUGAUGUGACGGAUCGGGGCCCACUGUGGGAUCCCUUGCUCAACUCCCAUGCAUAUACAUAUGACUUUGACAACGACGCCCUGCGCGCAUCCACAUUCAACCCCGCCUCGCCUACAGAGUGGUUCCACUUCCGCGGCCAUUGGGGCGACAAGUUCUAUCAGCUGAGUGACUCGCGACAGUACCGAUUCGCCGGUCAAUACCACUAUGUAAAUGGACCCCUCGGACCUCGGUUCAAGCAUCUCAACCGGCGCAAGGUGUGCCAGGGUCCAGACAGUGCCCCUUGCGUAAUCAAAGAUUGGAUUGGAGAAGACAAGCGAAGUCCACGGUGGGACUCCGUCGGCUUUGGAGAGUGA